UGAUUGACAGCUAGGUUCUAGACGUACAGACAACAUAAUUUACUAAUAAUCAGUUAUUAUAAAGUAGGUCAAUUGAUUUUGAUGUACGAGGAUAAAGAGUGCACGAUUCUGCAGUUGAGGAAUGAACUUUCACCCUCUGUUUGAGAGCCGCUGAAAAAUCCCUCAACGAAUCUCUGUAUUCUCACGGUUGAGGGUCGGUGCUCCGCUCGCGGGACCCCGGGAUAUAGUGUUUAACUUACCUGGAUUUUUUUACCUGAGUUUUAUCUACCCAGUACACCUGUCAUUUUCAGUGUAUGCUCGUACAGUGAAACACAGCCUAAUAAAAUGACGGAAAAUAAUAACACUAAGGACCCGGACACAGGAUUAACGGAAGCGGAAGUAUGUGCUGUUGAGGAUAGUUGGAGCAUGAUCUACCGGAAAGAACACAGGAAAGAAAAUGGCGUCAAACUGUUUGUUACAUUGUUCACAUUAUAUCCCUCGGCAAUGGACAUGUUUCCACAGUUCAAGGGCAAUUCUUUGGAGAAAAUAGCUCAACACCCCAAACUCCCAGCACAUGGUAUGUCCGUGAUGUAUGCUUUGGCCUCUUAUAUCGACAACCUGCACGACGCUGAACUUCUGGUAGAACUUGUGAAGAAGACAGCGAUCAGUCAUAUUGGACGAGGCGUGGGCUCUAGGGAAUUUAAAUGGCUGACCGAAGUUGUACCGUCUUGGCUAGAGGAAGUUUUAGAAGGUGAAUGCACACCCCUCAUGAAAACGUCAUGGGUCAAACUUCUGAAUAUUGUAGUAGCAGUUGUAAUCGGCGAGGAGCAGAAUAUGAAAUCGUAAUCAACCAUUCAGGUGUGUUAUUACUUCAAAAAGGGUACAUAUAAGAGAAAUGAGAUGACCAUUUAGUACGCAAAUAUCAGGGAUGAUGUAAAAAUCGUGUCACUUGUUCGAAUAGACUUGCUAGGAGGUAUGUGUAUAAAUAGCAGCAUCUGUUUGGAAAGAAAUGCCAAGAAUCCCAUAAAGUGUUCAUCUUUAAUUGACUCACCAUUACAUGUACAUGUAUAUCAUACAGGCUCAUUUUUUUUAUAUUUUGUAUUUCUCGUUAGUUUACACCAAAAUUGUCAGUAGCUUAAUAAUAGCUUAAAUAUAGAUGAUAUCAAGAAUAAGUAAUGUGAACAAUAGAAUAUGAUUAAAAGCAAAUGUAAACACUGGAAAACAUUAGAGAUGUGUUAAUCCAAAACAUAUAUAUCAUACAAAUAAUAUAAAUAUAAGUAUUAAUAUUAGUAUGACUGCAAGUGUUUGUUAUGUUUCAUAAACUAGAAUGUAUUGAAAUGACAUACUUACACUGUAUAUUUUCAGUAUAUACCUACAUAUAUGUAUCCUCUGUAAAGGUAGAUAUUAUUGUAGAAUGUUUAUAUUUUAUAUUUCGCUCUUUUUUUGGCUCAUGAAACAAUAUAUCAGCAAAGUUAGUACAUGUAGAUUUAAACAACCACUCAAGCCAAAAAUGACAAUUUCACUUAGAUUUAUCACAAGUGUUUUCUGUUGAAUAUUGUUAUUUAUUUCUUCCGUGUGACAUCUUGUACAGGUGUAAAUAUAUCCAUUGUGGUUGUACUUUUGUUGUUGUUUGUAUUUGUUGAUGGAUAAAAGAUUGCAAGGCAUCCAUUAAAUUCAUAAUAAAACCAAUAUCAAUCACAA